AUGACAAUCAGAACAGCCCGUCCAGACCGAGUGCAACAUUUUCGACGUCUGCAGUGUCUGAAAAAGUUGGAUGCCAUUGUGGUUGAGAUGCAAGACCCCAAAAGUGGUCUUAAAGGCUCUGAACAAAAACUCAAUGUCACCACCAUUCCACAUGUCAUUGCUGGUAAAGACAUCAUUGCAUGGAUUACAAACAAGAUGAAGAUCACUGUAGAAGAGGCCCAGACCUUUGGAACCAUGUUAGUGGCCUAUGGUUACAUCUAUGCCCUGGAGAACCACAAGAAACUGGUCAUGUGCAAUGACAACAGCCUUUAUCGGUUUCAGACGCCAUACUUUUGGCCUACGCAAAAUUGGGUUGCAGAUGAUACGGACUAUGCUAUUUACCUGGCAAAGAGAAACAUCCGCAAGCAAGGCAUGCUGGAACCUUACGAACAGGCAGAUUACAACCACCUGCAUAAAUGGCUAUUCCACAAGUGGGAUUUUAUCGUGAUGCAGGCCACCGAGCAAUACAAAGCUAGUAGAGAGAGAAAGAAGCCAGAUCGUGUUGUGUUUGAUUGCCAGGAGAGAGCUUACUGGAUUGUGAACAGACCACCACGUCGUACUCAUAGCGCUUUGGAUAUUGGCCCAGACCGCCUUAUUGAUCCUAACACAGACGAGAAAAUCACAUUUGAUCAAUACAGACGCAUGAACAUGUUCUACCAGCAAGCCAUCAUGAGGUCAAAAGUCAAAUCCAGUGUGUCGCUUGGGGCAUUGGUUAAGUAUAUUACAACCUACAAAAACCAUGAUCCCUUCCUGGCACCUUGCCUACCCAGCAACCCCUGGCAGACAGACAAUGACUCUUACUGGAAUCUCAAUAUGAGAAGGGUUGAUGUUCCGACAAAAAUGCGAGUGGAGCGUUGGUCCUUCAGCUUGUUUGAAUUACUGACUGAUCUGCGAGGCAGGGACGACUUCAAGAUCUUCCUAAAGAAGGAGUUUAGUGGGGAGAAUCUAGCCUUCUGGGAAGCAGCUGAGGAGCUUAAGUGGGGAACUUCAGCUUCCAUGUCAACCAAAGCUGAGACCAUCUUUAAGACCUUUCUGGCCCCUGGUGCCCCCCGCUGGAUCAACAUUGAUGGCAGGACUAUGGGUCUGACAGUGAAAGGCCUGGACCAUCCUCACCGCUAUGUGCUGGAGGCUGCACAAACACAUGUCUUCUUGCUCAUGAAAAAGGAUACUUUCUUCCGUUACCUCAAGUCACCAGUGUACAAGGACAUUCAGAAGAAGGCAUUGAACCCUGAGCCUCAUAACUUCAGUCAAGCCCAGUUGGAGCAAAACGCUCAGAAUCGAAGCCCAGGUAUCCAUCCCAUCAUCCUUUGGAAGCAAGAAGAAGAGGAAAAUGCAAAGGCUGCUGCUGCCUCAGCUCCUGUCGAUGUCAAAGCCAUGAUGAGUAAAAUUGACAGAAAGAAGUAAAAGUUUGUUGCACGAGUAGAACGGAUACAUAAAUAAUUUCUAUUUUAUUCUAAGACAUAACCCUAGUUGUAAUCGCAUUAGCUGCCGAUUUAGUUGGACAACACAUUAAUCAGUCCCGUCAAAUAUUUUUGGUCUGUCUGGAUGUUUUAAGGUACGUAUUCUUGGUAGUAUACAUAUA